UUUAGAAUUGCAUCGAUGAACUCAAGGCUUGUGAUUUAUUGUAAUAUCUUCAAUUUAGGUUUUGUUUGGCAUCACAACACAUUCCUAAUUUACAACUCUUUGAAAAGUAAUAGCAUGGACAGAUUUAAUGCAAUAUCGCAUGUUUCCAUCUCAACAGCACUGGUAUUUAUGCUUCUUCUUGGCAUGGUUGGUUAUAUUACAUUCACAGGAAACACUCAAGCGGAUAUUUUGGAGAAUUAUUGUGAUGAUGAUAUUCUCAUCAUUGUGAGCCGAUGUUGUUAUGCUAUCUCUAUGAUGUUAACUUAUCCAAUAGAAUGUUUCGUAUGUAGAAACGUAAGUACUUGUCACUUCAAUAGAGUAAUAUUGAGAGUGGAUAUGGCAAUGGAAUCUAUAGGAUAUUUUAAAUUAGUUAGCAAGUUCUAA